UGCGAGAAAUGUUUAGCAAACAAGCAUUAAUGAGUUAAAAGCUAUCGUCAAAAAAUUAAAUUCAACUUUCUAGGAUUAUACAAUUUAUAGAUCCUAUAACAGUUAAUAAAUAAAUCCUAAUAUAAAUAAUAAAUCAGAUGAUCCUUACUUAUAUACACUCCUAAUUUCAAUUGCUUCAAAUAUUGAAAAGUUGCUAUUUCUUUACAAUUACUAUGUCUAUCGAAAUUGAAUCUGCAGAUGUUAUCCGUCUGAUACAACAAUACUUGAAGGAGUCUAACCUCACAAAAACUUUGCAAACGUUACAGGAGGAGACAGGGGUUUCAUUGAACACAGUUGAUAGUGUUGAUGGAUUUUGUGCCGACAUAAAUAAUGGUCACUGGGAUACCGUGUUAAAAGCAACAGCAUCAUUAAAGCUGCCUGAUAAGAAACUUAUGGAUUUAUAUGAACAAGUGGUCUUGGAACUCAUUGAGUUACGUGAGCUGGGUGCCGCUCGAACAUUGUUGCGCCAAACCCAGCCCUGCUUGCUCAUGAAGCAACAGGAGACGGAUAGAUACAUGCAUCUUGAAAAUAUGUUGGCUCGAUCAUAUUUCGAUCCUCGGGAAGCAUACGGAGCUGGUGGUCCCGGGGGCACAGGGGGUGCGGGCGGUGCGGGGGGAGCAGGAGGUGCGGGAGGUGGCAAGGAGUGGCGACGCUCGGCGCUGGCCGCAGCACUGGCGGGUGAGGUCUCCGUGGUUCCAUCUUCACGUCUCCUAGCGCUGCUGGGUCAGGCGCUGAAGUGGCAGCAGCAUCAGGGUCUACUGCCGCCAGGAACCACCAUUGAUUUGUUCAGAGGCAAAGCUGCUAUUAGGGACGAAGAAGAUGACCAAUACCCGACACAAGUGUCAAAGAUUAUAAAAUUUGGCCAAAAAUCUCAUGUUGAGUGUGCAAAGUUUUCCCCCGACGGCCAGUACUUGGUGACGGGGUCCGUGGACGGGCUGGUGGAAGUGUGGAACUUCACGACGGGCAAGAUCCGCAAGGAUCUGCGGUACCAGGCGCUCGAAGAGUACAUGAGCAUGGAGGAAGCCGUGCUCAGCCUGGCCUUCGCGAGAGACUCCGACACGCUGGCGGCCGGAGCCAACGAUGGCCGCGUCAAGGUGUGGAGGGUCGCCAGCGGACAGGUGCAGCGCAAGUUGGAGCGAGCCCACGCCAAGGGAGUCACGUGUCUGCAGUUCGCCAGAGACAAUACUCAGAUACUGUCCGCCUCCUUCGACCGAACCAUCAGGAUCCACGGAUUGAAGUCGGGAAAGAUUUUAAAAGAAUUUCGAGGUCAUACGUCGUUCGUGAACGAGGCUGUGUUCACCCCGGAUGGACACAGCGUGCUAAGCGCUUCCUCCGACGGCACGGUCAAGGUGUGGUCGGUGCGCUCCGGGGAGUGUACGGCGACGUUGAAGCCGCUGGGGUCUGGGGAGCCGCCCGUCAACUCGCUGCUGCUGAUGCCCAAGAACCCGGAUCACUUCGUGGUGUGUAACAGGACCAACACCGUGGUCAUCAUGAACAUGCAGGGACAGAUCGUGCGCUCCUUCACCAGCGGCCGGCGCGAGGAGGAAGGCGGUGCCCUGGUGUGCGCGGCGCUCGGAGCGCGUGGCCGCCUCGUGUACUGCGCCGCCGAGGACCUCGUGCUGUACGCCUUCUGCGCCGCCAGCGGCAAACUCGAGAGGACCAUCAAUAUCCACGAGAAGGCGGUCAUCGGUAUGACGCACCACCCUCACCAGAACCUGCUGGCCACCUACAGCGAGGACGGACUCCUGAAGUUGUGGAAGCCGUGAGGCGUGGUCUCACGUUCCGCCUCCUCUCCUGUGUCCCGCGUCUGUGUCCUCGUGUGGAACCCUCUAGUAGAUAACACUUUACCGAUGUUCCCUCACUCGUAUGCUCCUUAUUAUUGCAACAACCCAUGUCCCGGCUUCCUUUUCUUGGCGUCAUACAAAGCUGGGACAUGAUGUCUUGACUGUUUUGAAAUUAAUUAAGACGGUGAGUUUUAGAGUUAACAUUGUUUGUAAUUUUAGUAUAAGAAAUGGUUUUAAGUAAAAAAAAUAUAUAUGUUUACAUUGA